UUUAUUACCAAAUAAAAAACCUCAUUACUUAUCUGUUUUACAUGAGGUCUCAAGUCCAAAUUUCAUCAGAAGCAAAAACACUAAAUGAUUUAUUUUCAUCUAUUCAAGCUUUAAAGGAUAGAGUUACUCGAUAUAUGUGUUGGUCGAAGGUACCAAGGUAUCCCAUAGAUUUAGUUGGAGUACGUGCAACGAUUAUAAAAAAAGUUUCAAUUAUUUUACUAUAGAGAAAAUGGACUAACCAACCUAAGUUACUUGAGAGCCAGACAGCCAACUUUGACCCAAAAAGAAAAGAAUUUUUGGGAGCACCUGGUAUGUUUUAUAUUGCACAAUUAGUAAUAGUAGCAUCUUCUUUUAAUCAGGUAGAGCUGCAAAAUUCUUACGCAGCAUGGAUUACUAUAUACUUUAUGUGUUGGGAUCAAUUUUUACCUGCAGUUUGCUUUUUGUUCUACCAAAAAUACACAGCAAAAAACUUCCACCAGGGCCAACACCAUGGCCAAUCAUAGGAAACCUUCACUUAUUAGGUGCAAAACCUCAUAAAUCACUAGCCAAUCUUGCAAAAAUCUAUGGUCCAAUCAUGAGUUUAAAACUUGGCCAAAUAACUACAAUUGUCAUUUCUUCAUCAGCCAUGGCAAAACAAGUCCUUCAGAAACAAGACUUAGCCUUUUCAACUAGAUUUAUUCCUGAUGCACUUCAAGCACACAAUCAUUACAAAUUCUCUGUGCCAUGGCUUCCUGUCUGUACUCAAUGGCGAACGCUUCGGCGAAUCUUGAAUACCAAUAUCCUAUCUUACAAUAGGCUUGAUGCAAAUCAACAUUUAAGAUCUCAAAAGGUGAAAGAAUUGCUUGCUUAUUGUGCAAAAUGUUGUCAACAAGGUGAAGCUGUGGAUGUAGGUCAAGUUGCUUUCAAGACUUCUCUCAAUUUGUUAUCAAACACCCUUUUCUCUAAGGACUUGGCUGACCCCUUUUCGGAUUCAAAGGUAGAGCUCAAGGAGGUGAUUUGGAGCAUCACGACUGAGGUUGGGAAGCCUAACCUAGUUGAUUUUUUCCCCAUAUUUGAAAAGAUUGAUCCUCAAGGGAUAAGGCGUCGCACAACUAUUUGUUUUGGUAAGUUGUUUAAGCUUUUUGAUGAGUUGAUCAACGAGCGAUUGAAGGAAAAGAGAAGAAAUCGCGGUGAAAAGAGUGAUGUUUUGGAAGCGCUCCUCGACAUCAGUGCAAAAAAUCCUGAAGAGAUUGGUCAGAAUCACAUCAAGUCCAUGUUCCUGGACCUAUUUGGUGCGGGGACUGAUACAACAACAAGCACAUUGGAAUGGGCAAUGGCAGAAAUGCUUAGACAACCUGAGAUUAUGAGAAAAGCACAAGUUGAGCUUGGAGAAGUCAUUGGAAAAGGAAAAAUAGUAGAAGAAGCUGAUGUUUCCCAACUUCCUUACUUGCAAUGCAUUAUCAAGGAAACCUUAAGAAUGCACCCACCAUUUCCGUUACUUGUCCCGCGAAAAGUGGAGCAAGACGUUGAACUGUGUGACUAUAUUAUCCCGAAGGGCUCACAGGUACUAGUAAACGCGUGGGCCAUUGGUCGAGAUUCUACUUUUUGGAAGGACCCUUUAGUGUUUAGACCCGAGAGGUUUUGGAACUUGGAUUUGGACAUGCGAGGGAAAGAUUUUGAAUUGAUUCCAUUUGGUGCUGGUCGAAGAAUAUGCCCUGGCUUACCAUUAGCAUUAAGAAUGGUUCAAGUAAUGUUGGGUUCACUCUUGAAUUCCUUCAAUUGGAAGCUUGAAGUUGGCAUCGAGGCACAAGAAUUAAACAUGGAGGAGAAAUUUGGUAUAACCUUAGCCAAAGCCCAUCCUUUGCGAGCUAUCCCAUCCUUAGUGCCUGAUUUGAAGGGUCAUUAACAUAAUAGUCAUAACGAAGGUGGGAAAAUAAAGUAGUAGCAUCGUAAUCACAUUACACCCUUGUGGUCCGGUCUUUUCUCGGACCCCGAGCAUAACGGGAGCUUAGUGCACCGAGUUGUCUUUUUAUCAGCCGCAAUAUUGGCUUUUUUGAAGAUGUGUUGCACACAUGUAGCCCUCCUAAAUCAUUAAGCAAUGACCUGCAUUUAGCAAGGAUAAAUAAAUAGCAUUUCUUUUUUAUUAAUAUGUAUAUCAUUGGAUCACCGAUAAUAAUCCUUUUUUGGAAUUUGAUAUUU